GAAGAUGAAUUUGACAAAAUAACAGACGACAAAUUCCUCAAACUCAUUGAGACCAACCUGUUGAAAGAUCUAACCCUGCAAGGCAUCAGCAACAUCUCAAAGGCGUACAUGGUUCAUCCGACGUCAGAUGAAAAGAAACGCAUCAUCAUUGACGAAAAAGGU